AUCCAGACUGAACGAGCUAUUCGUUCCUGCUUCCCCGUCCAGCAACCUCCUUCGCCACUUCCGAGUCCAUCCAACCUCGAUCACCACGAAGUCUUCGCUACCUUGCGAAUUCUUUUAGAGGGAUCAUUUUGCAUCCUGAAGCGAUCGAAGCAGCUAGCUCAUCGCGCCAGCGCCUCACACGCACUUGACCAAUCCAACGCAAUCAUCUAGCUCCGCACCAUCUUCGAAUCGCGCUUGACACGACUUGCAACAUGUCGACAAUCACCGCAAACGGAGCUGCUGCUCCUGCUCGCAAGAAGCUGAACGGCUACGUCGGAUUUGCCAACUUGCCCAACCAAGUGCACAGGAAGAGCGUCCGCAAAGGCUUCAACUUUACUGCUAUGGUCGUCGGCGAAUCCGGUCUUGGAAAGAGCACUUUGAUCAACACGCUUUUCAAUACCCGUCUGUAUCCCCGAAAGGAAAUCCCACCCCCUCACGCAGAGCGUCCCAAGACUGUCGCCAUUGAGAGCAUCAGCGCAGACAUCGACGAGAACGGCGUCCGUCUCCGUCUCACUGUGGUCGACACUCCCGGGUUUGGUGACUUUGUGAACAAUGAUGAGAGCUGGAAGCCCAUUGUCGACAACAUCGAAUCUCGCUUUGACGCGUACCUCGAGCAGGAGAACCGCGUCAACCGCGCCAAGCUGGUAGACAACCGCGUCCAUGCUUGCUUGUACUUCGUUCAACCAACUGGUCACGCUCUGCGCCCUAUCGACAUCGAAUUCAUGCGCAGACUCCAUCAAAAAGUCAACCUGAUCCCCGUCAUCGCUAAGAGCGACACCUUGACAGACGAGGAGAUUUUGUCCUUCAAGCAGAGAAUCUUGGCCGACAUCAACCACCACCAGAUUCAAAUCUUCUACGCGCCCAUCUAUGACAACGAGGACGAGGAGACCAUUGCGGAGAAUGACGAGAUUGUCCGCAAGAUUCCCUUCGCCAUUGUUGGUUCGGACACCGAGGUUGACACAGCGGACGGACGUCGUGUGCGAGGACGUGGGUACCCGUGGGGUGUCAUCGAGGUCGACAACGAAGACCACUGCGACUUUGUGAAGCUACGCCAAAUGCUCAUUCGCAGCCACAUGGAAGAGCUCAAGGAGCACACUCACACAACGUUGUACGAGAAGUACAGAUCCGAGAAGCUGGUCGGAAUGGGUGUCACGCAAGACCACUCGGUCUUCAAGGAGGUCAACCCUGCUGCGAAGAUGGCCGAGGAGCGCGCCUUGCACGAGGCCAAGCUCGCGAAGAUGGAGAACGAGAUGAAGCUCGUCUUCCAGCAAAAGGUCGCAGAGAAGGAGGCCAAGCUGAAGCAGAGUGAGGAAGAGCUGUAUGCCCGUCAUAGGGAAAUGCGCGACGCUUUGGAAAAGCAGCGCCUCGAAUUGGAGGACAAGAAGAGGCGGCUGGAGAGUGGUCGUCCGUUGACUCCCGAGAAGCAAGGUUACCAACAGGCCUCAAAGAAGAAGGGUGGAUUCUUGCGAAAUUAGAAAGCGCAACGUGCCCGAUCAAUUUUGGUGCGAUGCUUCAGCAUUUGCCGUUCGGAAGGACUGUGUUCUUCCAGACGCAAUUCUGACGCAACUCUGUCCAACGAACUUCGUUUCUGCUACACGGUCACGCGCUUCCCUCCCUACAGUCCCUCCGACCUGUUCAUUUUGAAUCUCUCGGGAGUCAGACAAUCGUCCGUCCCUUGUUCUGGGGCCAACGCCUCCAACGCUGUGAAGCAGUUCGCCAUGAUGAGAGGGGGACGCUGAUCCUACUCAUCGCGCUGAUCCCUUCUCUCCAAGCGUGUCGGUCUUGUUCCCCUCAUCUGUUAAGCCUUCUAUUCUCUCGCCUUUCCUUCUCCGCCUUCCUCAGAUUCUUUUCACGAAACGAGCUUGCUAGGCUUGAAGACUGGCCGAAUGAUAUGUUUGAAUACUGUUGAGCUGGAUGGAGCUUGAUUAUUCUCAAGACGCG